UCCAGCACCCAACUCUCUUAGAGCUCCUCCUCUUGUAACAUACACACUGCUGCCGUUGAUUCAGCGAAAAUGUGCGGCAUACUGGCGGUGCUGGGAUGUGCCGAUGACUCUCAGGGGAAGAGAGUCCGCGUGCUCGAGCUCUCGCGCAGGCUCAAGCACCGCGGCCCGGACUGGAGCGGGAUGCACCAGGUCGGUGACUGCUACCUCUCCCACCAGCGCCUUGCCAUCAUCGACCCGGCCUCCGGUGACCAGCCACUCUACAACGAAGACAAGUCCAUCGUUGUCACUGUGAAUGGGGAGAUCUACAACCAUGAACAACUCCGGGCGCAGCUCUCCUCCCACACCUUCAGGACCGGCAGCGACUGCGAAGUCAUCGCACACCUGUACGAGGAGCAUGGAGAGAAUUUCAUUGACAUGCUGGAUGGUGUCUUCUCCUUCGUCUUGCUCGACACACGCGACCAUAGCUUCAUUGCUGCCCGCGACGCCAUUGGUGUCACGCCCCUGUACAUUGGCUGGGGUAUUGAUGGGUCGGUGUGGAUUUCAUCAGAGAUGAAGGGGUUGAAUGAUGACUGUGAGCACUUCGAGGCCUUUCCUCCUGGCCAUCUCUACUCCAGCAAGCAGGGAGGCUUCAAGAGAUGGUACAACCCACCUUGGUUUUCCGAGGCCAUUCCUUCAGUGCCAUAUGAUCCACUUGCUCUCAGGAAGGCUUUUGAAAAGGCUGUCAUCAAGAGGCUUAUGACAGAUGUCCCAUUCGGUGUUCUACUCUCUGGUGGCCUUGACUCAUCACUGGUUGCAGCGGUCACAGUUCGCCACCUGGCAGGGACAAAGGCUGCAAAGCGCUGGGGGACUAAGCUCCAUUCCUUUUGUGUCGGCCUUGAGGGAUCACCUGAUCUGAAGGCCGCAAAAGAGGUUGCCAAUUACCUGGGUACCGUGCAUCAUGAAUUCCACUUCACUGUUCAGGACGGCAUUGAUGCAAUUGAAGAUGUGAUUUAUCACACAGAAACAUAUGAUGUGACAACAAUCAGGGCAAGCACGCCAAUGUUCCUGAUGUCUCGCAAGAUCAAGUCACUUGGGGUCAAGAUGGUCAUCUCUGGUGAGGGUUCCGAUGAGAUUUUUGGAGGAUACCUCUACUUCCAUAAGGCCCCCAACAAGGAGGAGCUCCACCGUGAAACCUGUCAUAAGAUCAAAGCUUUGCAUCAGUACGAUUGUUUGCGGGCCAACAAGUCAACAUCUGCAUGGGGACUCGAAGCACGUGUACCAUUCUUGGACAAGGAGUUCAUCAACGAGGCAAUGAGCAUAGAUCCAGAGUGGAAGAUGAUCAGACCUGAUCUUGGAAGAAUUGAGAAGUGGGUGCUAAGGAAAGCAUUUGAUGACGAGGAGGAGCCCUUCCUGCCAAAGCAUAUUCUGUACAGGCAGAAAGAACAGUUCAGUGAUGGUGUUGGCUAUAGCUGGAUCGAUGGCCUAAAGGCUCACGCAGAAUCGAAUGUGACCGAUAAGAUGAUGUCAAAUGCGAAGUUCAUCUACCCACACAACACCCCGACAACAAAGGAGGCAUACUGUUACAGGAUGAUUUUUGAGAGAUUCUUCCCCCAGAACUCGGCGAUCCUGACCGUGCCAGGGGGACCGAGCAUCGCAUGCAGCACGGCGAAGGCGGUAGAGUGGGAUGCUCAGUGGUCAGGGAACCUGGAUCCCUCAGGGAGAGCAGCGUUCGGAGUCCACCUCUCAGCCUAUGAACAAGAGCAUGUCCGGGCUACCAUUGCUGCAGGAACAACCAAGAAGCCGAGGAUGAUCAAGGUUGUGGCACCUGGUGUUGCCAUUGAGAGCUGAUGGUGUCCUGCCCUGCUUGCCAUUUCUGCUAAUAAAUAAGACGUACCUACCUAUCUGGUCUUGUCAUUUGAACGAUGUGGGCCUAAUGUUUGAGUGAAGAACUAAAUAUAUGUAUUAAAGUUUCUAUUGUUAAUAGAUUGGUUGAAUUUCCUAA